CAAAUCCCUCGUGUCUUCUGCCCUAUUGUCACUUAUGAUCUUUCACAGUUUUCACAUUACCACACCUCAUUUACUUUAAACGACGAAUCAAGAAACCCAACCAUCCAAACAUGUUCCUUCUCAUCUAGUCUUCCCCUUAACAAGUUCCCUCCCACUUAACUGGGCUCAGAAGCCUCUCAUUGCUUAAGCUUUUGAGUUCUUACAAGAGAGAUCCAUCUCCUUCUCCAUUCUCUUCAUCCAAAACCAAUAUGGAUAAUCAAACCCACCAAUAUACUGAACUCAAUCAACCCCUGAUCUCCCCUAAAUCACCAUCUUCUUCUCCAAAAUCAUCUUUUGCAGAUAACCAAGCUAGCGACCAACUAGAAUGUAUACUAUCAGAUAUCCAGUUACCUCAACUGAAGCGUCUCCGGUUCGCAACCAUGAUCGAGCUCAAACUCCUCUUCUACCUCGCUGCACCCGCCGUCAUUGUCUACAUGAUCAACUACCUCAUGUCCAUGUCUACCCAGAUCUUCUCCGGCCACCUCGGUAAUCUCCAGCUCGCCGCUGCCUCCCUCGGCAACACCGGCAUCCAAGCCUUCACCUAUGGGGUCAUGCUAGGAAUGGGAAGUGCAGUGGAGACAUUAUGUGGGCAAGCAUACGGUGCAUCAAAGUAUGAAAUGUUAGGGGUAUAUUUGCAGAGAUCAACGAUCCUGCUUACACUAACUGCAAUCCCAGUUACGAUCAUCUACAUCUUCUCCAAGCCAAUCUUGAUCCUCCUCGGUGAAUCAUCAAGGAUCGCAUCAGCCGCUUCGGUGUUCGUCUACGGUCUGAUCCCUCAGAUAUUCGCCUACGCAGUCAAUUUCCCUAUACAGAAAUUCUUGCAAGCACAGAGUAUUGUGGCCCCCAGUGCUUAUAUAUCAACGGUGACACUGUUUCUGCAUAUGUUACUAAGCUGGGUUGCGGUGUACAAGAUCGGGCUUGGUUUGUUUGGGGCUUCGUUGUUGCUAAGUUUGUCGUGGUGGGUUAUGGUGGUGGCUCAGUUUGUUUAUAUAGUGAAGAGUGAGAAGUGUGAGAAGACUUGGACUGGGUUUUCAAUGGAAGCUUUCUCUGGGCUUUUUGAUUUUUUUAAGCUAUCGGCGUCGUCGGCGGUGAUGUUGUGUUUGGAGAUUUGGUAUUUUCAGAUACUGGUUUUGCUUGCUGGGUUGUUGGAGAACCCUCAGUUGUCUUUGGAUUCUCUCUCUAUCUGCAUGACAAUAAGUGGCUGGGUUUUCAUGGUUUCAGUUGGAUUCAAUGCAGCUGCAAGUGUGAGGGUGAGCAACGAGCUUGGAGCUGGACACCCAAAAUCAGCAUCAUUCUCAGUAGUGGUGGUGACUUUGAUAUCUUUGGUAAUCACAUUGAUCUUAGCAGUAGUAGUUCUUGCAUUAAGAGAUGUGAUCAGCUAUGCUUUUACUGGUGGAGAAGCUGUAGCCCAAGCAGUCUCAGACCUCUGCCCACUACUAGCCAUUACUAUCAUCCUCAAUGGAGUCCAACCUGUUUUGUCUGGUGUAGCUGUUGGGUGUGGAUGGCAAACAUUCGUUGCUUAUGUUAAUGUGGGAUGCUAUUACGUCGUUGGGAUCCCUUUAGGGGCAUUGCUGGGUUUUAAGUACAACUUGGGCGCGAAGGGAAUAUGGUCUGGAAUGAUAGGUGGCACAACAAUGCAGACCAUCAUUUUACUGUGGGUUACUUUUAGGACAGAUUGGAGGAAGGAGGUGGAGAAAUCUAUGAAACGCUUGGAUAAAUGGAAAGUCAGUGAAGAAUCAGUAGGAAAGGAGUGAUGGGAGCUUUAGAAGUUAUAAGAGAUGUCUGGAAACAUGUGAAGAGAAAGAUGGUAUGAUAUGGUGUGAUGUGGUGUGGUGUGGUGUGGUGUGAUGAGUGAGAGAUGCUUCAGCAGAAAGGAUAACCUACAAAGCUGCUGGUCAUUCAUCUCUGAAAUUGCUUUAUGAAAGCAACUAACAACUAGAUUUAUUAUGAGCCUCAAACUUUGUAAACCCAUGAGAAAAUCUGAAAUAGACGACUUCCUUAAUCUGUAUUGAUAUUGGCAGAAACGAUCGACUUAAGUGGCCUGUUUAUGGCAGAUCCCAUUUCACUCCUUCCAUUCAUUCUCUGAAGUUGAAAAUACCUUUUUUUAGUCCAAUCAAAGAGUCAAAUCUCAUGGUUGAAGAGAUUCUCUCUUCAUCAUGGUCGAAAAGAAACUGAACUCUGUAGUUUUAGUAAUGAAUUUUAGGUACUCCCCUCCCCUCCCCUUUUUUAUCAUAAAUGAUUUGAAGAAUUAGAAAUGAAAUCUUAUGCUUUUAUCUUGUUUA